GAAAGGCUUUUUAAAAUGAUAGCUGCAGCUUAAACCCUAGAAAAAAAUGAGAAAACUUAAAUUCAGACUGUAUAUAAGUUUAAUAAUUCAUUAAUUUAAAAUCAUUAUCACUCAAGCAUCAGCUAUGGAGAGAAUAUUUAAGUUGUUCUUAGUUUUGACAGCCUUGUUUGUUAUCACUGUGGAAUCACAGAAUUUUUUAAUGAGAAGUUCUUGUAAAGCUGGAACUGAAUGUAUUCCUCAUUAUAAAUGCAAUGAAGUUUUAAACAUAACUCGCAAGGGAAAUUUGACGAAUGAUGAAAAAUCACACCUUUCGAAAAUAUGGUGCGGAAAACACGGCAAAAUACAUUAUGUGUGCUGUAAAGAAGAAGAAAAGAAGAUAACAAAGCUACCAGAGUCUCCAAUUUGUGGAACUCCGCUUAGAACUAUUCUUUUAGGAGGUGAAUCUACUUUUGUUAAUGAAUUCACAUGGGUUGCACAGAUUAUUUACUCAAAGCCAGGAAAUGAGACAGACAUUCAUUGCGAAGCAAGCUUGAUUAACGAUCGUUAUGUCUUAACGGCUGCAAGUUGUGUCCAAAAAGUUCCAGAUUCUUGGAAAAUCUCAAAAGUACGCCUUGGUGAUUGGGAUUUAACAUCAAAUCCAGAUUGUCAAGAUUUUACCUCUGAGUCUUUUUGUAAUAAUCCAUACUUGGAAGUUCCUGUUGAAAAAAUUAUUGUUCAUAAAGAGUACGAUCAUGCUUCGAAGAAUCAGCACAAUGAUAUUGCAUUGCUAAAAUUAGAGCAGCAGGUUUCAUAUAAUGAAUGGAUUAACCCUAUUUGUUUAACUUCAAAUAUCAGUGCUGAUUCACAAUUUUUUAGAUUAGUUGGAUUUUUAAAACCUGAAUCAAAUGCAAAUAUAAAGCUACAAAUGGAUAUAGAAGGAAUGUCAAAGGAUGAAUGCCAGGAAUUUUAUUCUGAUCAAAAUAUUACAAUUUCAGACAGUCAGUUCUGCGGUAAAGUUAGCAGCCAUAAACCAUGUCAUCUGUAUAAUGGAGGAGCAUUGACUAUAAUAGAACCCUUCAAAUCCCUCAAAGCGUUUUGCAAACUAUGCAGUUGCAGGAAUUCCUUCUUUUAAGCCACCAAAUUGUGAAGAUAUAAAUUCUCCAGCUGUUUAUACACGUGUGUCAAGCUAUGUAAACUGGAUUGAAAGGAGUAUUGAUUGAGUUUUGAUGAGAUCAAGGUACGGAACCUUGUUUAAUUUAAAUCUUUAUUUUACGUCACGUAUGAAAGAUUACAGAUUAUUUAUUAUUGUAAGAUUAAAAUUCUCUUCGUUCUCAUGCAUAGAGCAUAAUUCUGAAAUAAAACAGCAAAAGCUAUAAUAAUUGCGUACUCUUUCAAUUUCAC